UUUAAACAAGUUUUCCUGUUCAAACUAUUCUUUAACCAUUUCGCCCUGUUUAGGUAGUCCAUAAUGCUUCGACUCCGAGGGAAGGUUGAGCCUCCCAAGCAAUUUUUUGUUCCCCGCGACGAUCUUACACGGCCUUGCAAACUUUGUGAGAGACUAUUCAACGAAGAUCUUUACGGCAAGCUCAAGUCAAGUAGCGAUGGUGAGACUGAGAUCCAGUCAUCUUGUGAGUUUCUAGCUACGGAUGUAUGCCAUAGCAUGCUUAAUGGCUGUAAUCUAUGUACUGUCCUCGGCAACUCAAUCCUGGCCGCCGCAAAAAAUGAGAUCCCUCUUAUCAGUGAAAGAUCUUUUAUCCUCCAUAUACCAUGGUACCAAGGACAGGAGACAACUACAACGUCAUACGCCGAAUCAGACAUGCCACAGGCUAACCACGACGAUAACCAUCAGCGAGGCUCAGCCUAUGAAUACCUCAUGGGGACAUUUGAAAGCCCCGCCAACCCCGAAGAUUCUACAAACCUACAAACGAAAGAAGCCGAACCCGACUUGACCUUUCAGUCGCUUGAUUGUAACGCAAAGGUAAAUCUUACAAUAUCGAUUAUGAAAGGCAAGUAUUCGACUGGGUUUGAUCUCAUUAAUAUUGAGAUUGAGGCUACACCUAGUGAAGAAUGCUCUAAGCCUUGGAUAUUCAUCCCUCCUUAUGGUGGAACACUUUGGCUCGAAGUAAUAUCUGAUGCUAGCCAAGAAGUCUUCAGUAGGGAAUGGAAAGGACUUUCUGCGGCUGGCGGAGAGUGGCCGAAUGUAGUACGAGGAUGGCUUGAUGACUGCCAGCAAACCCAUCAAUGUACCGUGAAUAGUACGUUUCGACCCACGCGUCUAAUAGAUAUUGGAGAUCCUUUGCAUCCACAUCUUGUCGAAACUGGCUCUGUAGAAACGGAGGAUUACGUGACUCUAAGUUACGUAUGGGGUGCCAAACAAAACUAUACGCUGACCAAAGAUACUCUACCCACCAAGCUCGGUAGUCUUGAUAUUCAAAGCAUCCCUUCGUCGGUUGCAGAUGCUAUGGACGUUACUAGGAAACUUAGCUUUCGCUAUAUAUGGGUUGAUGCCCUGUGGGCAUCCGAGAGUUUCUUGAAGCCACCACUUCCUCCAGUUUUCAAGGUACAACCAUUCCACAUUACCAUUGGAAAAGGUGUGCCUCAGUUCCCAAAUAUAAAAUUAAGCCUAGGCUUCCGGGAAGAAGCCCCUGACUUGAAAGAUCCCAUCGAUUCGCGCGGAUGGACUCUACAAGAGUGGGCACUCUCUUCGCGCCGCUUACGAUUCACUUCCCAGGGGAUCCAAUGGACAUGCAACAAGCUAAUUGCCGACCCAAGUAGCCUGAAAGAACACCGAGACCCCCCUAUUCAAUUCAGCCCAGACGGGUAUGUCCAGAACUACUUUGGAGAAGCCUCCGCUAUUAUUUCUAGUCCAUGGGAAUCGAGGCUGUCCCAUAGAUACGCGAUAGAUGAAGCAUACAAACGGAGAGAAAUGUCGAUGACAUGGAUAGAGAUACGGUCCCAAUAUGCACAACGAUCCCUCUCGUUUCCAACAGACAAGCUUGCUGCGAUUUCGGCCGUUGCCGCAAUGGCAGCUGAGGAUAGCGGAAUGACCUACCUUGCGGGUUUAUGGAAAGAAACACUCCUCGUCGACCUCCAGUGGUAUUACAUAUUUCGUUCCCACCCGACAAACAGCCUCUCGACCGUUACUACAACCCAAGAGCCCGGUGACGAAUAUACCGCUCCGUCUUGGAGCUGGGCCAGCGUGAAAUACGAUAACGGCACCCUCUACCCGAAACAAUCGAGGAAAUGGGCGACCGAUCGUCCAUGGCAUUUUAAAAUCCUAGACUGUGCCGUUACCCUUAUUGACGGAAGUGAUUUCGUGUUCGGACCCGUCAAGUCGGGGUAUCUGGACGUCGAGGGUAGGGUCCUAGAUGUCGAGUGGGAGCUAUGGACCGAGCACACGGUGGCUCUGAAUAAGCUUGCGUUGUACGAGUCGCCUCGAGAGAAGUCCAAAGAAAGACUAGGGCAGGCAUUCCUAGAUUUCCCGUCGUCGUGUUUGGAGAAGGGGUUGAAGUUCAAAUGCUUGAUCCUGACAAAGGCAGACUUGGUAUACACUCAAGUGAAGCCGGAACGCUAUGGCGAUGUAAUUUGUGCGCAUGCCCUUUUACUAAUGCCACGCUCCGAACCAAAUACCUACCGGCGGGUUGGUCUUUGUUAUCUCAACGAAGGUGGUUUGUGGGAAGAGACGACCUUGGAGUCGAUUAGGAUUGUUUGAAUACCACCAACAUUUUAUAUAGUAUAAGAUAGAUCUAUCUCGGUGAAGUCGACAAUUGACCUUUCUAACCUAAGGCAUUGUGUUCCAUGAGGUUCUAUGUGUCAUUCUUUUAAGGUACUGGCGAACAAUAUCGGCUCAAGAGCACCCUAGGGCUGCAAUUAGCAAACCAUAUCGUGCUGUUCCAUAUAUCUUA